ACACACACACACACACAACGGCAGAUGCUGAGUCCCGGUCCCCCACCCUCACGCCCAGACACAGAUCUCAUCUCUGGCGCUCCGCGGCCAGCUGCCCCAGCCCCUGCUGCCGCCCCCUGCCAUGAGGCCCCUGGGAAGGUGGCGGAGGAGCAGAUGUCCCCGCGUCCCCCGGCUUUCCCCCCUCCUUCGCCCAGGUCCUUUGCGCUGACCUCGCAGGGCCGCGUUGGGCCGAGGGGCAGGUGCGCGGCUGGUGUCCCUCCACCGCUGCCCACCCGCCCUCCCUCGUCAGGCUCAAUUUCACCAGAGGGUCUCCGUUCAGGGCCAACCCCCCCUCCAUUCCCCGCCUCCGCCCCCCUCAAUCCCCGCCUCCUCCCCUCGUUGUUCCGGAACGCUCAAGGUCAGCGCGCCUGGGGCGCACCCCCCGCCACUCCAGGGUCCUGGGGGGUCCGUGUCCAGCCGCUCGCGCGACCUCCGGGGGCGCCCUCGCCCGGCCUCUCCCGCCGUGCAUCACUGCAACCGCGGGAGGGGGGUCCCUCUCCCUCCCCAGAACACCCUGAAGGUCUCUGUCACCUCGGAGGGGAGCGCAGGGGGGCGGGGAAGCCUUGACGUCGCUGCCCAGGACGCGUCCCCCCGCCCCGGGGCGGGUAGGAGCUGGGGCGUCCGCCUGCACGCCCCCCUUUCCCCCAGCCCCCCUCCCCUCUGACGGGCGCGCGCCGCUGCUGGCGAGGAAAGUCUCCCCCAAAGCGGGAAGGGGGGCGGGAGGAGGUUUUAUUCCCCUUUGUGCCAGAUCAAGGCGGCCGGGCCGGGAGGUGGGGGGGCGGCGGGCUCGGGGCGCCCCUCGGCGCGGGCUGGAACGCAACAAAGGCAGUGCGGCUCGGGGGGUCACCGGCCCCGCGGCCCCAACUUUGCGCGCCGGCGCGUGCGCCCCCGGGGAGACCCGUCUAGGACGCGGGGGGGCCGGAGCCGGGGUGAGGGACCUCCGCGGGCGCCGCUCGGCGCAUCCUACGCCCGCCCCCGAUUCUGCUCCUCCGAGCCCCCGAGCCGCGGGGCAGCACCCCGGGACCGCGAAACUCCGCGCGCUUCCGACCCUGCACUACGUCCCGGCGCGCCCCCCAGCCACGGCUCCCGCGCCUCCCCGGGGCGCCCCCUUUACCCGCCGUCCCUCCAGAACCGGGUGAGGGCUCAGGUGCGUUCUGCUCCUCGGGCCCCCGCUUCCUCUCUCUUCUGCGCCCCCUUCUUGCACCCCCCCCGAAGGCCAGCCAAAGGGCGCACAGAUCCCAUACACCCGCCCCCCCCCUAGAUUUCGCACACCCGCCCCCCCGCCCCUGCCAGACUCAGCCGAGGAAAGGAGGCAUGUGAGCCCCCCUCCGACAGUGGCCAGCUUUGAGGGGCGUCACGCAGCCCGAUGGCGAAGUGGCUGCGGGACUACCUGAGCUUCGGGGGCCGGAAGCCCCCUCCUCAGCCGCCCACCCCGGAUUACACGGAGAGCGACAUCCUCCGCGCCUACCGCGAGCAGAAGGACCUGGACUUCGAGGACCCCUACGAGGACGCGGACCCGCGGCCCGAGCCGGACCCAGCGGGCGCCUCCGGCGACGCCAGGAGCCCGGGAGAGGCCAAGUUCGAUUCUCCCAAACACCGACUCAUCAAGGUGGAAACCGCCUCGGACGCCAGGGCCAAGGCCCUGCUGGGCUGCUCCGGAGACGAGUCGGACGUGGACGCGGAGUACUCAGACCCUUAUGAUGCUCAGCCUCCUCCGCCAGCCCCCGACGACGACGACGGCUAUAUGGAACCCUAUGAGGCCCAGCGGGUGGUGAGUGAGUUCCCAGGCGGAGCUGUGCAUCUGUAUGACACGCCCUACGAAGAGCAGGGUGAGGAGCCGGAAGAGGACCCGCGGUCCGCACCGAGGCCUCGCCAGAGCCGGCUGCCCCAGGGGGAUGAGCGGCCGGCUGAUGAGUAUGACCAGCCCUGGGAGUGGAAGAAGGAGCAUAUCUCCAAGGCCUUUGCAGUGCAGUUUGACAGUUCCGAGUGGGAAAGGACCUCAGGCUCUGCCAAGGAGUUCCGGAGACCCCCACCCAGAAGCCCUCAGCCCGCGGAGCGUGUAGAUCCAGCCCUGCCCCUAGAGAAACAGCCGUGGUUUCAUGGCCCCCUGAGCCGAGUGGAGGCCGAAAACCUCCUGGCACUCUGCAAGGAAGGCAGCUACCUCGUGCGACUCAGCGAGACCAGCCCCCAGGACUGCUCCCUGUCCCUCAGGAGCAGCCAGGGAUUUCUGCACCUGAAGUUCGCUCGGACCCGAGACAACCAGCUGGUCCUGGGUCAGCACAGCGGCCCCUUCGCCAGCGUCCCCGAGCUGGUCCUGCACUACAGCUCCCGCCCACUGCCCGUGCAAGGCGCCGAGCACCUGGCCCUGCUGUACCCGGUGGGCACCCAGACCCACUGCCCCUGAUCGGGAGCCCAGAUCGCUGGCUGCACACCCCCCGCGGCCCUCUAGCCCCAACAGAGGCCCCAGAGCAGCUGACCCCAUCUCACCCCCAGCCUCAGCCUUGGGCCUUCAUCGGAGCCACAUCCGCGUCCCCUCUGGGGUCUGGAAUUGUGUCUGCUGAGUCCUAUCCUGGUCUGGGAAAUAAAUAAGUGAUUGUGUGUUUGGAACGUGC